AUGUCUUGCUCCAGCCUGUGCUAUCCAGAAUGCGGGGUGGCCCGUCCCAGUCCAGUUUCUGGCAGCUGCAAUGAGCCGUGCGUUAGGCAGUGCCCUGACUCUGAAGUGGUCAUCAGACCAUCACCGGUUGUUGUAACCAUCCCAGGACCAAUUCUCAGCAAUUUCCCUCAGCAGAGUGAAGUGGGAGCCGUUGGAGCACCUGUGGUCGGAGCGGGCUACGGGGGCUCAUUCGGUUUGGGGGGAUUGUACGGCUUUGGAGGCCAUUACGGAGGAUUGUAUGGUUAUGGGGGAUUAGGUGGUUACGGGGGCCGUUAUGGUUAUGGGGGAUUGAGUGGUUAUGGGGGAGGUUACGGGGGAUUGUGUGGUUACGGGGGCCGUUAUGGUGGACUGUGUGGUUACGGGGGAGGUUACGGUUACGGGGGAGCAUGCGGUUCCGGGGUAUCUUGCCAUAGGUACCUGAGUGGAAGCUGUACACCAUGUUAA